GCUCAACUUGAACUUUCUGAAUCUAAGUAACCGAAGUACAUAGUUCGAUAAUUGGUUUGCGGGCAUGAAGAAGAAGAUCGGUCAUCGACCGUUGCAAAUCGAAAUACAAAAUGCAGAAGAACGUGGUUAACUACAAGCACACGACUGUUGAUUCGUUGUCGCUUGGUACGAUGAAGAUGAUGAGUAUUAAUGAGUAAGUUUACGGAUGAAAGUUUUUCUAUCAGUCGUAAAGUGGCGGUAAUGCUGCAUGAAUACACACAGCACGAUCAUGAAGAAGUAGGAUGUGGUCCAGACUGGGAAUUAUUUCGCUGAAACACAUUAAGGUAACUUCGAGGAGUACCCGGAGAGCGAGGAAGUGCAAACACCACGUUGCUCUCUUACCUGGCCCCAAAACUUGGAAGGCCAGGGAACAGAGUGCCGUGGUGUUUGGGCCAACUUUGUUUGGGCCGACGGGGCCUUUUUUCCUUCCAAACGCCAUGCUAUGCUCUUACCUGGCGCCAAAACUUGGCAGGCCAGGUAAGAGAGUGCCGUGGUGUUUGGGCCAACUUUUUUUGGGCCGAUGCGGUCUUUUUUCCUUCCAAUCGCAAUGCUAUGCCCUUACCGGGCCUCAAAGUCUGGAGGCCCAGGUAAGAGCACAGCGUGGCGCUUGUGCUUCAAGAGUGUCUCUUUCAUCUGGCCACCUCCUCAGGCCAGGACGUUUUCGCAUCCCAAGCACCACACUCCUCUUUUACCUGGCCCCAAAACCCGGCAACCCAGGUAAGAGAGUGCCGUGGUGUUUGGACGAAUUUUUUUUGGGCCGAUGCGGUCUUUUUUCC